CCGAAAACCUAUCCACCAGCUAUGAGGUUAGGGGUGGGGCUUGCUGGGUGAACCACAGGUGGACGUAUCGACACAGCAUCAUCGCUUGGCCUGUUAAUAGUCGCAGUGGUGUCUCACUAUAGCUCAACCAAGUUCGUUAAAAGGACACUCUUCCAUUGCGGCCCAGUUCGUCUUCAUACCGGAUGGUUCUCUACUUCUAGUGUGACAUGCGCAAUGGAGUGCAGAUACAGAUUUGGCUCCAAGUGUUAUGGAAUGCUCUAUAAUAUGGAAACGCAAUAUUGUAUACCCACUGGAGGAAUUAGUGCUCACCAGGCUAUUCCUAAUAGCACUGAAGGGGAUUUUUAUUUCUCAGAAAGUUCUUGUCAAUCCUAUAUGGACUUCAAGAUGUACUAUAGCGUACGUUACGCCGAGUACACGACCAAACAGGACUACGCCACUGCCAGCAGUGUAUGUGAAUGUAUGGACGCUCGCCUGAUGAUCGCCGACACUGACCUGCGAUGGUCCUCACACUGUGCCCUAGCCACUACCUUGAACGAGUACUGGCUUGGGCUGGACGACAGAAUCUCCGAGGACAACUUUGUGUGGGCCAAUGGUCAGCCCAUCACACCAUUGAGGAGACAGAUUAUAUUUUAUUAUCAGAAACCGAACCAAGAUGGUGACUGUGUUUUCCGGAUUCCCGGAACCUGUUACAUGGACGACACUGACUGCAGCCGGAAUUUAUCAUUUUUAUGUGAGCAGCCUCAGUAUGAGAUAUGCCUAUAACUUCAAGAUAUUGAUAAAUUGUUAUUGAUUUCCACAAUAUUUUAAUAGAUAUUCACCAG